AUGCUAUGCAUUCAGCAUGGAUCCGAUGUCAAUGUGGUAGACAGGCAGAAUAAAAGGACUGCGCUAUCGUGGGCUGCAGAGAAUGGACAGGAGGAAGUGGUGAAGUGUCUGCUUUCAAACGGAGCGAAUGUGAACUUGAAAAUCGACGAUGCUUUGUCACCACUAUCCUGGGCUGUUGCCAGAAAUCAUGACGCCGUAGUAAAACUCCUUCUUCAAAAUGAGGAAGUUGAUGUGAACCUAACUGACCGGUAUCACCGGACGCCAUUGUCCUGGGCUGCAAGAAAUGGCAAUGUUACAGUGGUGAAGCUUUUACUCCAAAAGGUAGGGGUGGAUGUGAACUUGAAGGGCGACGAUGCUUUGUCACCACUGUCCUGGUCUAUUGCCAGCAGACAUGACGCGGUAAUUAAACUCCUCCUUCAAAAUGAGAAGGUUGAUGUUAACUCAAUGGAUUGCUAUUGCGGAACACCGCUAUCGUGGGCUGCAAGGAAUGGAAUGGACAAAGUAGUGGAACAAUUACUCCAACGCAAAGAAGUGAAUGUGAAUCUAACCAACUGCUACCGCCGUACACCCUUAUCCUGGGCGGUAGAGAAUGGGCACAAUGCGGUGGUGAAGUUGCUGAUUUAA